AUGGAUCAGGACACGGGGAACAAGGUCCUGGUGAUUAAGAACAUGGACUCGGGAUAUCUGGUGGCCGGUGAACAAGUCACCCUCGAGACGGUAUCAUAUGACGCGACAGAGUCGAUCGCAGAGAAUGAGUUAAUGGUGCAGUUGCUCUAUGCGACCUACGACCUCUUCAAACGGGACCUCUCCUCUUCCUCAGCUGACGCGACGGAGUUGCGGGGACCUCGGCCGGUCGAGACGAUGAGUAUCGCGAAAGUCCUCAGGUCCAACAAUGAGCAUUUCCAAGAAGCGGAUAUUGUUAUCGGUCGCCUACCUAUUCAGCAGUACGUGGUCAUCAAGGCUGAAGAUACGACCAAGCUAAAACUCCUCGAGAAUCCCUGCGAGAUCGACGACAUUCGAUUAUUCCUCAGCGUCCUGGGCAUACCAGGGCUUCUAGCGUUUUCCUCGCUAUACGAAAUCGGUCGACCCAAGAAAGGCGAAACAAUCCUCAUCGCCGGUGUCAGUGAUGAGAUCGGUCAACUUGUUGGCCAAAUGGCCCGGCUGGAGGGGUUGAAGGUGUUCGGAAGCGUGGAAUCGGAUGAAAAGCUCGACUAUCUCAUAACAGAAUUAGGCUUUGAUGGGGGAUUCAAUUACGCCAAGGAGAGUCCCUAUGAUGCUCUCCCUCGUCUUGUCCCAGAAGGUAUCGACAUAUACUACGAUAAUUUGAGCUGGAUGUCCCGUCUCAACAUCGGCGGGCUGGACACACACUUUGACCUCCUCGGCAGCCGACAUCUGAAUGCGGCUUUCUCAGCGAUGCGACGAUAUGGUCGGAUCAUGUUCUACGGCACGAUCGCUGAGCAGACCGUUUUGGACCCCAUCAUCGGCAUGUUUCUGCACAAUACUGUUCUGAAACGACUUACGAUUCGGGGAUUCGCCCUGGCUGAUCCUAGUUUUGGGAAGAAGUGGGGCAAGCUCCAUAUGGAGCGCAUGAAACAAUGGGUGAAAGAAGAGAAACUCAAAAUCCCUCCAUUCGAGAUUGUCGGCAUCGAUAAUGCCGCCAAGGCCUUCGUCGAGGCCUUCUACUCCAGUCAGAAUACACACACGCAUACCAUUUUGGCUGUUACCUGA